AUUUUAUUACUAAAUAAAUUUGGUAACAAAUAAAGUUUUAGUUUCCGUUUACUCCAAUGUUACUAUUUUUUUUCCCCCGACCAUUUUUACACACAGCCAAUCAGAGCCUUGUUUCAUCGUCUCUUGUCGAGGCGAUAAUAUUUAGAUCUGCUCACCAUUUCUCCGCCAUCGCCGACGGAAGAAGAAAGAUGGGAGACAACAACCCUAACCGAUCAGAAGCAGAACGUCUUCUCGGAAUCGCGGAGAAGCUUCUCGAGUCACGAGAUCUAAACGGUUCAAAAGAGUUUGCAAUCUUAGCUCAAGAGACAGAGCCACUCCUCGAAGGCACCGAUCAAAUCCUCGCCGUCGUCGAUGUCUUACUCUCAUCAGCACCAGAGAAUCGUAUCAAAAACCAACCAAACUGGUACAAAAUCCUUCAGAUCGAAGAUCUAACUGAAUCAUCAACAGACAACGAUCUAAUCAAGAAACAAUACCGUCGUCUUGCUCUUCUUCUCCACCCUGACAAAAACCGUUUCCCUUUCGCCGAUCAAGCUUUCAGAUUCGUGCUUGAUGCAUGGGAAGUUCUAUCAACACCUACGAAGAAAUCUCAAUUCGAUGGAGAUUUGAAUCUCAUCUUCACUAAAGUAAAUCUCAACACUCAGAAAUCGAAGAAGAAAACAACAACGAAUGAGAAGAUGUCUACGUUUUGGACGGCGUGUCCGUACUGUUACAGUCUUCAUGAGUAUCCUAGGGUUUAUCAAGAGUAUUGUAUUAGAUGUCAAAACUGUCAAAGAGCGUUUCACGCUGCGAGUAUUCCUCAGUUGCCUCCGUUGAUACCUGGUAAAGAUGAGUAUUAUUGUUGUUGGGGUUUUUUUCCGAUGGGGUUUGUUGGUGGUAAAGGAGGAGAAGCUGCCAUUGCUAAUGGAGUAGAUGCAGCUAAGUUCCCUAAUUGGAUGCCUCCGGUUUUCUCAUCCGGCGGCGUUGCAGCUCCUCCAAGUGGUAAUGGUGUUAGUUUUGAUGGAUGGUCAGGUGGUGCGGCGAAGAGAGAUAAUGAGGCUGUGAGGAGUAAUAAUGGUGUUGGAGUUAAUUCAGAUGGAACACCGAAGAAGAGAGGAAGAGGAAGGCCGAAGAAGAAUCCGGUUUAGUGAUCUCUUUUCAAACUCCGGUCAUGAUUGUUAAAAUUAUGGAGACAAAAUUUUAAAGGCAAGUUUUUUUUAAGGCAAGGAAGUUUAGGAUCAGCGUUUGUUGUCUUAGUGUAAACUUUAUUAUGCAUUUGUUGUUAUUACCGUUGUGUAAUUGUGUUAUCUUGAUUUACUUUGAAACAUUUUCCUCAUUACAUAAUUUGGCAAUUCGCUCUUUUCCACUUC